AUGCCUGUGACAGCGUUCCACCUUCCCGAGAAGUACAAAUACCAGAAUGGCUUCGGCAGCUACCACGAAAGCGAAGCCGUCGACGGCGCCCUGCCCAUCGGAGCCAACAAUCCUCAGAAGCCCGCCUACGGCCUCUACAACGAGAAGCUCUCCGGCACCGCCUUCACAGCACCUCGCCACGAGAAUCAGCAAUCAUGGCUGUACCGCAUCCUCCCCGCCAGCGCCCACUCGCCCUUCGAGCCGCGAGAGAGCAGCUCGUACGACCUCAACCCAGGCGGCCUGCGAGACGCCAAAUGGCACCAGAUCCCCAACCAGCUGCGGUGGGAUCCCUUUGAUAUGGACGAGACGGUCGAUUGGAUUCACAGCCUACGGCUGGUGGCCGGCGCGGGCGACCCCACGAUGAAGUCCGGCCUGGGCAUCCUCAUCUAUGCCGCGGGGAGGGACAUGGACGCCAAGUCCGCCUUCUACAGCGCCGACGGCGACCUCCUGAUCGUGCCGCAGCACGGCGCUCUGGACAUCCAGACGGAGCUGGGCAAGCUGCUCGUGCGCCCGAAUGAAAUCUGCGUCAUCCCUCGCGGCAUCCGACACCGCGUCACCCUCCCCGAAGGCCCCGUCCGCGGCUUCGUCCUCGAGCUCUACCAGGGCCACUUCACCCUGCCCGAGCUGGGCCCCAUCGGCUCCAACGGCCUCGCCAACGCCCGCGACUUCCAAGCGCCCACCGCCUGCUUCGACGAAGACACCGACUCGGAGCACACCCUCUUCGCCAAAUUCGCCGGCACCCUCUUCGCCGCGCGCCAAACGCACACCCCCUUCGACGUCGUCGCCUGGCACGGCACCUACUACCCCUACAAGUACGACCUCGGCCGCUUCAACACCCUCGGCUCCAUCUCCUACGACCACCCGGACCCCUCCCUCUUCACCGUCCUCACCGCCCCCUCGGACCACCCGGGCACCGCCAUCGCCGACUUCGUCGUCUUCCCGCCGCGCUGGCUCGUCGCCGAAGCCACCUUCCGCCCGCCCUGGUACCACCGCAACACCAUGUCCGAAUUCAUGGGCCUCAUCCACGGCCAGUACGACGCCAAGACCGGCGGCGGCUUCCAGCCCGCCGGCGCCUCGCUGCAUAAUGUCAUGUCCGCGCACGGCCCGGACGCCGCCACGCACCACAAAGCCACCCAUGCCCCGCUCACGCCCGCAAAGGUCGGCGAGGGCAGUAUGGCUUUCAUGUUCGAGUCGUGUCUCAUGGUUGGCGUGACCGAGUGGGGGCUGAAGCAGUGUGACAAGGUGCAGCCGGAUUAUAAUGCGGAGAGUUGGGAGCCGUUGAAGCCGCAUUUCAGGCGACCGACGACGACGACGACGACGACGACGACGAGGGACACGGUAGUUAAUGGUGCGAAUGGCGCGCAGGCCGAUCGGGCCCAACAGCCGCAUUAUGCUUGA